GUCUGGCAAAGAUAUCUUCCGAGUAAACAAAUCACAAUGACACAACUCACGUGUCUCAACCAUACCAAAAAUUAUUCAAUAGAGUCCUUAAAGUUUCCACCAUAGUCAAUAUAAAAUCUCUCUCGCUCACUCUGACACACACACACACACCUAUCAAACCAAUCUUAUCGUAUCUCACCGACCAAACCAAUCAUGGAUUCCGAGAUCGCCCUCGACUUCUCUCCGGUGCUCAAAAUCUACAAGAGUGGCCGCAUCGAGCGACUCAUGGGCGAAACCACCGUCCCACCUUCUUCCGAGCCACAAAACGGUGUCGUUUCCAAAGACGUCCUUUAUUCUCCCGACAACAACCUCUCCGUCCGCAUUUACCUCCCGGAGAAAGCCGCCGAGAACGGUGAGAAACUCCCUCUCCUCGUUUACUUCCACGGCGGAGGGUUCAUCAUCGAAACAGCUUUCUCCCCGACCUACCACAGUUUCCUCACGGCGGCUGUCUCUGCAUCGGACUGUGUGGCGGUCUCUGUUGAUUACCGGCGUGCACCGGAGCAUCCUAUUUCGGUCCCGUUCGAUGAUUCUUGGACAGCUCUCAAAUGGGUCUUCACCCAUAUCGCCGGAUCUGGUCAGGAAGAUUGGUUAGACAAACACGCUGAUUUCAGCAAAGUGGUCCUCUCCGGAGACAGCGCCGGAGCGAACAUAGUGCAUCACAUGGCGAUGAGAGCUGGGAAAGAGAAACUGAGUCCUGACUUGAACGAUACAGGGAUCUCUGGAAUCAUCUUGGUUCACCCUUACUUCUGGUCAAAACAACCAAUCGACGACAAGGACACCAAGGAUGAGACGUUGAGGAUGAAGGUCGAGUCGUUUUGGAAGAUGGCUAAUCCCGAUAGCAAAGAUGGACCAGAUGACCCGUUGCUCAACGUGGUGCAGUCAGAGUCGGUGGAUUUGUCCGGGUUGGGUUGUGGUAAGGUUUUGGUAAUGGUUGCUGAGAAAGACGCGUUGGCCAGGCAAGGUUGGGGUUACGCGGCAAAGCUUGAGAAGAGCUGUUGGAAAGGAGAGGUUGAGGUGUUGGAGAGUGAAGGAGAAGACCAUGUUUUCCAUUUGAUGAAACCUACUUGUGACAAAGCUAUUGAAGCCAUGCAUAAAUUCUCAGCGUUUUUUAAGGGAGACAAGUAGUACUGUUUGGUGCUCUAUAAUGAAUAAUUUGGUAUUGUUUCGUUCUGUCACUCAAUUUCUGUAAUGAAUGUUUCAGUGAUCAAGCAUUUCAGCUACAACAACACAAUAAACAUUUGGAAAUGGUUGAUGUUUCUUAAGAGAUGUUUAACUCUGUUU